GGUAUGCAGGUUUGAGCUGAUGCACUAAAUAAACAAAAACAAAAAAGACAUAAAGAGAGUGUUAUUAAAAUGACCCACAUUUUCAUAGCAUUUUAAGUAUUCAGUGAGCAGAGUUAGCACUUUUUAAGCAGACUAAUGAUUAAAAAAUACUAACACCCAUGCUCUGGCCAUAGAACGAGCUAAUAUGUGUGUAAUGACGUGUAGCUUAGCUGGCCGAGCGACACCCUUUGUCGACCUGGCUGGGUGUCACCUCCGGCGGGGAGGAGGGCGGGAGGAGCCUCUCGCUGUGAUGGGACUACAGAUCCGUUAGUACCCACAGCCUCCUCCUCUUCCAUCAUGGCUCCCUCGAUAGACAGGCAAGGAUACUGGGGGCGGCCGACCUCAACGCUGGACUGGUGUGAAGAAAAUUAUGUCGUCUCCACCUACGUCGCGGAAUUCUGGAACACUGUCAGCAACCUGAUUAUGAUCCUUCCUCCUAUUUGUGGGGCCAUCCAGACGUUUCGUGAUGGUCUCGAGUUUCGCUAUGUCUGCUCUUUCCUCGGACUGGCAGCUGUUGGUGUUGGUUCCUGGUGCUUCCACAUGACGCUGAUAUAUGAGAUGCAGUUGCUGGACGAGUUACCAAUGAUUUACAGUACAUGCGUCUUUGUCUACUGUCUAUAUGAAUGCUUCAAACAAGAGAACACCAUCAGCUUGUUUCCUAUUGCAUUGUUAUUGAUCUUCAGUGUCUCGGUCACUGUGGUAUACUUGCAGUGGAAGGAGCCUGUCUUUCACCAGGUCAUGUAUGGUGCUCUGGUUGCUUGCCUAGUGAUGCGAUCUAUCUUCAUUGUUACAUGGGUGUACCCAUGGCUCAGACCGCUGUGUUACACCUCUUUAGGAGUCUUUAUGUUAGGUUUCCUACUGUGGAACAUUGACAAUAUCUUCUGUGACACAUUAAGAGCCAGUAGAAAAACACUUCCUCCUGGAGUUGGAGUAGUUACACAGUUCCAUGCCUGGUGGCACAUCUUCACAGGCCUUGGAUCCUACCUGCACAUACUUCUAAGCCUGCAGAUCAGGUCUACCUACCUCAAGUACAGACCAAAAGUAAAGUUUCUGUGUGGAGUUUGGCCCACACUACACAUUGAACCACAGAAGACGAGCUGAAAGGGAGGGGCGGGGACCAGCUUAAGGAUGGUGACUGCCAUAUCCAGACACCAUUGGCACAGGGACCUGCCAGUGCCCGCUGCUGGGGAACUCAGCCCACAGCUAGGAGCAGGUGGACCCCAAAGCACCACCCCAGGGACCCUUCGGUUCUGCACUGUGGGGAUUUACUAAGUACAGUAUAGCACUGAGUCCAGUUUUAAGAAAUGGAAGAUUUUGUUUUUUUCAUUGAUCAUAAUUUAUUAGACUAGUGUUUUGUCAUUUUAUUGAUGUGUAAUAAUUUAAUUUGCUCAUUCAUUUCAAACUGCAGAUAUGCUGUGUACUCCACUGCGGUGGUAAAUGUUAAAGGGGAUUCGAAGUGCCGUAUCGGAGGCAACUGGUCUUGUUUCGGUUUCUUGAAGACGCAACAUCUGCCAUCCAAGAGGCUUCUUCAGUUCUAACUAACAGUUACGUUUUCUCAAUUCUAAACGUCUUCAGCAAACUGAAACACGUCCAGUUGCCUACGACACAGCCUUUAGAAUUACGAUGACCUGGAUGACUAAGAACCUUCAUCAACGUGUUGAAGGGGAUGUUAUCUUAAUUAGGGUUUGGGAAAAGGGAAAAUGGUGUCCUUGAUUCAGAAUCCACAUUAGCAUAAUUAUUGUUGUAUGUUUGAGUCUGUGGAUGUUUGUAAUAUAUUUAAAUGGCUCACCAAACAAAAGUAUAACUUAAGACUUUCAUGUGUAAUUUCACAAGUAGCUGAAGGAGCUUUACUUACAACGCAGUGUUGUUACAUCUCUUUUCAAGGAGGAUUGUAUUGCUUUUGGAUGUGCUCACUACAUAUGGGAUAAUAACUGCUUGCUAGAGCGUGAAAGUCAUGCUGUGUUAGUGUAGCUCAGCCGCCUUCAGCCGAUGGUUCUUCAUUUGCUUGCCCACGGGCUUCGUUUUUUACCAGAUAUUUUCCUAUCAAAACAUGCCAAGACUGGAGUGAUUCAUUUAUUAUUUGUUUUUUGUUUGUUUUCUUUAAAUGCCAAACUUGCUCUGGGAUUCAAAAUUGUAGUCUAAUGUGUGAAACAUGCUUAUCUUUUACCUCGUGAUUAUCAAGCGAGAGAUGCAAUGUCUGUAGUUUUGUUACACAGCCUCUUAACACUGGAUAUAGAUUUUGCUUUGGAAAGGGUUAAAUUUUUUUCCCACACGCACAAAGCAAGUUGAGCCACUUUGUACAUCUCAAGUUUCCGUGGACAGAUGAAGCUUUUAGUCUUCGAAGUGGAAUUGCACAAUACAUUUGUGCUUUGUGAAGGACUAGAAUUUUACAGUCACCCCUCAAGCCCACAGGGUUUGUUGUGUUAAAAAUUGUGAAACCCCUUUUGUUGGGAUUUGACUAGCAUGUGGUGCGGUCUGAUGAGAAAAAAAAAAAUACUAAACAUGCAGAAACAUAACUGUAAAUGCAUCAGCUUAACUCGCCAAGAUCUUUUUUGUGUACACUACAGCUAGCGCACAGGGUAGUCGGAGUUAAAAUGCGUAGUUGAAACCCAGCUAAUGAAGCCAGCUGACAAAGACAGCCUGUUUUAAGAGUAACAUUUGCUAUUUGUGAUCUUAAGCCUUCAGUCAAAGGACCAAGGGGGUGAAUGGAAGAUGUCUGAAUCAUUGCAUCUUCAUCAGCUGCAGGGAAUGGGAUUCUAGACUCAGCCAGUUCAGUCGGCUUUUUGUCUCCUGCCAUGUUUCCCUAAACCUCCUUUUAUACAUGUACUCUAGAGGGCAGUAGUUAUUGUAAUGCCCUCCCUCCUUAUUAGAAAAAUAUUUGAUUGAAGUCCAUUGUAGAUGUCCCUUUAUCUACAGUACACUAGUCAGUAACAUAUCCUACAAUACGUUUUAUCUAUUACACUUAUCACAUUUAAGUCCUUUUUUUUACUUUCAUCUAUUAAAGAGUAUUAGCGAAGAGUCAAAGGGCACAUAGUAUGCUGUACACCUUGCAGAGGAAUGUCAUUGUAAAACUGUUUAUGACGCAACCACUAGGUGGCGUCAUUUUCCAGCUUAUUUCAGACAUUGCCAAGCAUGCCGUUGUGCAUUUAAGAGUGACUACUACCUACCUGCUGUGGGAUCUUUGCCUGAGCUUUCUUGUGCUGCAUCUGUGGUGUGAAAUGAAGGCCUUCUCAUUUACAAUGUUUGUUUUGCUGCUGUGAAAUUGUAGCGAUGUACUGGUAACAAUAGAACCUGGAGCUUGAAGUAAUGGUGGUAAAUUAGAAGAUGGCACAACAUAUUUGUUAGUGGAGAUAUGUGUAAGUGUGUGGCCUCCUAAACUGCUGUGUGCCGGACGAUGUCCUGAGACAACACAAGCUACAUUCAUGUUUCAUUAUGCCUACAUGGCUGUGUCUGUGUGACUCCCAUAUGCUUGGGUGUAACCUUUUGAGUGAUCCCAGUGUUACAGUCAUAAGCACAUAAGCACAAUGUAUGAAAGAGAAGUAUUAACACUGUUCAGAUGUCCGUGUGAAAUUCGUAAGUGUGUGUUUCUUGAAAUCGCUGCUCGUCACUGGAGGUGAGCAGAGGGUGCCUUAUUGUUAUCCGUGCAGUGUAAUCCAAGUUGCCUUGAUGUUCAUGACAAACCAAUCAAUUCUUCCCUUGUGUUGUUCAGUGUGCCCUUCCCCUGAUUAUAAGCAGUCAAAACAUCAGGAGGACAAACCUUAACAGCUUCCUCCGCAGAGUCUGUGCCUGAUUAUUUGGCCUUCCAUUCAUUUCAUGUGUCCAACAUCCUAGUUACAGGUUGUUCUGAUGAUGUUAACUGUGGCUGUUGGUGGUGAUAUUUGUGUGUCGAGGCCAUAAGAACGAACUCUGCCAACACAUUCGUUGAACUUUGGUCGUGUGCCAGUCUUUAAUGACGUCCCAUAUCGACAAAUAAAAGAAAAUGUCUGACAAGUUGUCUACGGAGGAGGGAA